AUGACCUAUGGUAAAAUAAAUAAAUAUACCACUAAAAGGCUUGCAAGGGGAAAUGUAAUAAACACUAUUGCCAUGAAAAAAUAUGCAUUUUUUGAACUUGAAGUUGCGACGGGCUACUAUAGCGAUGAGAUGGUGCUCGGCAAGGGAGCAUUCGGGGCUGUUUACAAAGGCGUGCUAGAGAAUGGUCAAGCAGUAGCGAUCAAACGAGCUAUCAUCUCCAACAACAGCGAGCUCUUCGAGAAGGAACUCCAUUUGCUGACGAGAACUCACCACUCGUGCCUGGUUAACUUGGUCGGCUACUGCAUGGAAGAGAAGCUCCUCGUCUUCGAGUUUAUGUCGAGAGGAUCACUCUACGACAACAUUUUCUGUGGAUCACGUCCAGACGCUGGCCUCCAGUGGAUUUGCCGGAUCAAGAUCGCCGCUCAAGCCGCUCGCGGACUCGAAUAUCUCCACAAGUACGCCUGUCCGGCGAUCAUCCACAGGGAUGUGAAAUCGGCCAACAUCCUUCUAGACGACGACUGGAACGCCCACGUCUCGGACUUCGGACUCUCACUUUUCGGCCCACUGGGAUCGGCAACUCACCUCAGCAACAUGACCAUCGUUGGAACUCCCGGCUAUCUCGACCCGGAGUAUGGAUUAUCCAUGAAGCUCACGUCCAAGAGCGACGUCUACAGCUUUGGAGUGGUGCUGCUCGAGCUCUUGUCGGGCGCCAAGCCCAUGGACCCGUUCCGGCCAGCGCGCCACAUCGUGGCUUGGGCGGUGGAGCUGAUGGAGGAUGACGCGCUGCACGCGGUGCUGGACUCGGCCCUGGACGUGCCGGCUGCGUCGGGGCCGCUGUACCGCGCGGUAGAGCUCGCGCUCGAGUGUACCAAAGUGAGCGGCAAGGAGAGGCCGUCCAUGACGGAGGUGGCCAAGAGCUUGGAGGAGAUUUUGGAGGAACUCCAUGCACAAGAAGACAGCCGCGGCGAGGCUCCAGUCUACUAUGCAAUCUAAGUCGUCUUCAAAUGUUUAAAAACUUUUUGGCGGCAAAAGUGA